AUGCCAUACCGCGGGUACUUCCGAUGGCAUGCGUCAGAGAGAGAGCAGGGUAUAAGAGAAUACUUAAUCUCACCCACUCUCUCCCUCCGCUCUGAGAUGAUACGAGGCAGAAGUGAGAAAUCCUUGGGGAAGCUCCCUGCUAGUUUGAACGAAAUGAAAAUGGAAAAAAUGGUCGAUUCGACAUUAUCAGGUUUAUUAUCGGGUGGUAUUUUAUCUGGUAUCGUUCGUGGGAAACAGACUAUCCCCCGUGCUGCUCUUACGGCUUCUCUCUUAGCUGGUAUUCUUCAAUACGGUACGAAUCAAUCACGUAUCAUCCGAUUAAGAUAUCUCGCUUCUAGACAAUCUGAUCAUGAUCAUUCUCUCGAACACGCUUCUUCUCCUAUCGACACUGCUUCAACCUCUCCAACCUCUUCUUCAUCAUCACAAACUUCUUUGAACCCUGUUGUUCCAAAGGAAAGUUCAUCGUCUUCUCACCUCACUGGAACACAAGGCGAGACCAAUUGGGAUCUGACAAACACAAGAAUGGACAUGACGAAAUCAGAUCCCAAAUUACCAGGAAGAACUAUGAGAGAAAGUAUGGCAGACCCACUGGCUAAAGACAAAUCAGAUACGUUACCAACUAAAAUCUUAUCUUCUUUAUCCAGCUUUCUACCGAUCCGACAAUUAUCAAACGAAGCAUAUUUGGAAACUUUACAACGUAAGAGAUCAGAAGUAGAUAAGAGAUUGAAAGAGAUAGAAGAGGAAGAAUUGAGAAUAUUCGAAUCUUCCAAAUGA